CCCCUACUUGAGCAGCCCCCAAGGCCCGUCCCUGCUGCUGCCUCUUCAUUCCUCGGUUUCCUUCUCGUCGCGAUUCCUCUUCUGCUCUCUGGGGUGCAUCUUCUUCUCCUUCCUUGGCUACUUGUUUCCAGAAUUCAUUUUUGUCAUACACAUAUACACACAGUCCUUUAUCAGGAGGGAAGGAUGUCGAAGAAGAAGGCUUUCAGUGGCAACACCAUGACCCUCAAGGAUUUCCAUGGAGGCUCUAUCCCGACUGAUCUCCCUCUCCCUUCUGCUCCCGGUGUAGUCGUUAGGUCUACUGAUCGUUCUGGUUACGAUAGAGCUGGAUCAUGGGGAAACUCGGUGGCUCGAUCCGAUCACCGGAACCGACCCAAUACGUCUCCCGCGACUAGGCAUUUCGAUGACAAAGCCCCUUUUCUAACCCAUACAGCACAUCUUGGUCGUAAUUUCGAUGAGGAUGAGCGAAAGCCUUUAGAUGGGCUCUCUGCUCCUCGUAGAAUGGUUAGUGAUGAUAAUUUCAGGGCUAGUCGUCUGGAGCUGAAACCAGAGUCUGUAUCAACCGGGAGGGUAUCGGGUUGGCAGGGGACAGCUGCCCCGUUAUCUAGUGGGUCAGUAACAUUGUACUUGGGGAAGGUUAUUGAUGCAAAUAAUUCCGGGAUGCUUUCUCAGAAUGUAGGUGGCAAUAAUGGGCAUGCUGCUUCUGUUUCUUAUCCAAAUGCCUGGGCUGCAAGGAGGGAUGUGGCAGUGGGCGUUACUGAGCCCGUGCAAUCUGCCUGGUCUGGACAAACUGCGGUUUCAAAGUUGGCUCACGCCAGUGCCCUUGAAAAAGUGUCCUCAGGUAGAUGGCAGUCAAAGCCUUCUCAUCAUCAUCAUGAGCCAGAUGUUGAGGUUAUUAAGUAUUCAGAUCCUGAAAGUAUCCUACAAUCUAGGAAUUAUGGUGAUUCAUACAGUCGGCUGGAUGUAGGGAGUGGAAAGGAAUAUUCUGAUGCAAUGUUAGCAGGUCAUGUUGAAAGGACUCUGAGCAAUGAAGAAGGUGUCCAUGGUGGGAGGAGAGAUUUACCAGAAUACGGAAGAAGCCGUCUACCCACUUAUUUGGAAGUUAAAGAUAGGAAACCAUCAACUUAUGUCGAUGGGCCUUACCCAGCUCUGACUGAAGACAAGUGUGGUGAGUUUGACAUGCUGCCAACAGGCCAUUCAGAACCAUUAGAGCGCCCUAAGCUAAAGUUGCUACCGCGAACAAAGCCACUGGAGACUCUUGAAAUUCCCGUUCAUGAUCUAAAGCAGGGACAAUUGUCAAGUAAGUCAGCUAGUCAUGGUCGUGCUGAGAUUGGUAAUGAAUUGGGUGGAAAUGUGAAUCCUCCAAAACAUGUUUUGGCUUUUGAUGAGAGUGUGAACCAGAUGGUAGAGCGCCCUAAGCUAAAUUUGAAGCCAAGGUCGCAGCCACUUGAACAUUUAGAAGGCAACACGGAAAGGGAAAGAAAUGCAGUAUUUGGUGGUGCUCGGCCUCGAGAACUGGUUCUGAAGGAGCGUGGGAUUGAAGAUGUUGUCAUCAAUCACGAGUUAGGUCAACAAUCUGAUAGGGCCAAAUAUGUUUCCAAGACUGAGCGAAUUCCUGACCAUGCACUUGCCUCACGCCAUGGUGAAAGAACAGAGAAUGCUACUCUUGAUCAGAGGACUGGAAGAAAGUUUGAGAAAAAGGAGGGCCGCGGAGAUUCUGAGAGAGUUGAUGUGCAGAGAAGGAACUGGCGUCAUGAGAAUUGGAAGAACAGCAGGGAGAAUGAGAGACAGCCACAGCAGCAGCAGCAGGAGAGACACCCAUCGCCAGAGACUUGGCGAAAGCCUGUCGAGCAGCCCAACCCAUCCUCUCCUGAUGGCCUGCGCUAUGGAAAAGCAGCUUCAGCUGUGGAGCUUGCCCAAGCAUUUUCAAGAUCAUUAUCACAUCCAAAAGCAGACGAUCGACACCCUAUGCAAAGGAGCGUUACUGGCAGAAACCAGAUGCCUUUUUCUAGGCUUAUGAACCCAACCCCUAGGCAGAUUAAUGGUUAUUGAUUUUUCUGCGGUCUGAUGGGCACUUGAGCGGCAGUUUGGUAUGGAUUUUACUUGUGGUAUUUUCCAUAUUUGAUGACAAUGUUGGUACUCUACCUUUGGGUUUUAUGCAAGUGCAGGUACUUGACCUUUUCAGAAAUUUCAGGAAGAUGAUUGGCAUGCAAUAUAGAUAAAGCAUGUAGUUUGUGGCAGAUGGGUUGCAUCUUCUCAUUCAUACAUCCCAUUUGUUGUUUCUUUUUUCUUUUUGGGUUCUAUCUUUCCGCCUCUGAAUGACGGUUUGGUU